AUGUUUGGUCUGAAAGUUACGCUGCUUGCUGCAGCUCUUACGCCAUUGGCGGUUGCCCAGAACGAGACUGACCUGUGCUGUACUGCUCUGGCAGGCAGCUCGUUGAAGGCGCGUCUCCUCUAUCCGGGCCAAACCGCGUUCGAGUCACGGCUCGACUCUUACUUUGAUGUCAAGCAGCAAUCCCUAACACCGAGUUGCAUCGUCCAACCAAAAAAUACAAAAGAGGUUGCUCUCACGAUCAAGACUCUAACCGCUGUAUCGUCCGCAAAGUCCUGCAAGUUUGCCAUUCGCAGUGGUGGUCACACUCCGUAUGCUGGUGCAUCCAACAUUGAGGACGGCGUGACCAUCGAUCUACAAUACAUCAGCGCCGUCCAGUACGAUUCAAAAAACAGCCUCGUGAAGGUCGGCCCUGGUGCCAGAUGGAAUGACGUAUUCACAACGCUCGAGCCUCUCGGUGUUAUUACAACGGGCGGCCGAUCGUCGACUGUUGGUGUCGGCGGUUUGACUCUCGGGGGCGGUAUUUCGUACUUUUCUCCCGAGCACGGUCUGAUCUGCGACAACGUUCUUGAGUUCGAAGUCGUGCUUGCGGAUAGUCGUGUCGUCACGGCAAGCAAGACGCAAAAUCCAGACCUUUUCACGGUGUUGAAGGGCGGGAACAACAACUUCGGUAUCGUCACCCAGAUCAAAUUCCGGACCUUCAAGUACGAUGGUAUGUGGGGUGGCCUUGUCGUCUACCCUGAGACCACCAUUCAGGACCAGUUCAAGGCGCUCAUCAAGUUCUCCAACAAUGUCGACAAGAACGUAAAGUCGUCCGCCAUUGUGAUGCCCGUCUAUCAGUCAAGUGUGGGCGCUGACUUAAUUUUGAAUGCGUACGAUCAUGCUGAGCCUGUCGUUCGUCCUGCGGCUUUCGACGAGUUCCUUGCGAUACCUGGCAACGUCUCGGACAGCACCGCGGUGACGAACAUGUCCGACCUCGCAGCUGCCCUUGAAGGCUCUACUACCUCGAGCGUGUACUUCGGAACCCUCACCUUUGCCAACGAUCUGCGGGUUAUGACUGAGGCCCAUGAGAUCUACAAAGAUGUAUUGGCCAAUCUCAAGGCAAGGGCGACUGGUGACUGGCAGAUAUAUGUCCUGUACCAGCCCCUCCCACCUGCGUACUGGAAGGAUAGUGCCGCAAGGGGUGGCAACGUUCUGGGUCUAGAGCGCUUCAACGGUCAGACUUUGUGCUUAUACCAGCCUUACAUCUCCUGGCAGGGUGCUGAACAAGAUGCGCUGUUCCAGCAAGCUGGUGCAGACCUUGUCAACAGGAUUCGUGCCUACGCUGUCAGCAUCGGCGCCGACAACCCUUACCUGUACCUCGACUAUGCAGACAACACUCAGGAUCCUCUUACAGGCUACGGGGCGGAGAAUGUGAAGAAAAUGAAGGCGGCUGCGAAGAAAUAUGAUCCGAAGCAGAUCUUCCAGAAGAAUGUGCCAGGCGGGUUCAAGAUCUCGAAGGUUGCGUAA